AUGAAGAAGUCCAAAACCACCAACCCUGACAAGUCUGACGAAGACCUAGACAAAGCCUUCGAUUUCAUCAGGCAACAUGGCGAGAGCGACAAGGGGAACCUCAAGCAACUUCUCUGGAUCCAGAAGAGCAUUAAUGGGGAUACGCCUAUCAAAGGUUGGCGUGAGGGGCUUGUACAGAAGUGCUUGGAAAGUUUGGCUACUGAUGCUACCAUGUCCAAACUCAUCACGCGACACGACCUCAUCAUUGCUGACUUUGAGGAAGGGAUCCAAGAACUCAUGUUCAGGUUAGUGCCUUACUUGCGUGAGCACGCUCUUUGGCUGCUUGGACAACUCGCUACAGGUAAAACUCCUUUGGGUCGAACCAUCGCCAUGAUGUUUUCAAGGUACCAUGGUGGUGAGGGGUGCUACCGCACUGGUAGUGAUUUCGAUUACUUCCGCGGUGUCCCCUUUACGAAAGAGGUGCCUGCAAUUUACGAUGAUGGCGAGAUUGGUAAUGAGCCCGUGAAGAAGAAAAGGGCGUUCUCGGACGUAUCAGACACUGAGACACUGACUAAGGAACGUUGGACAGCGGCAAAAUUCGCUCAGCACCAACUUCGGCUCGUGAUUGGCAAUGCCUUCGAACGUUGUCACGAAACCACAAUUCCUGUCGGUGACAUAAGCAAAGUGGACGCCAUGGCAAUCCUGAAGCGAUCAGUGUUCAUUGUGGUAGGCCAGGAAAUCAUUUACUGGCGCACGCCUGGUCCUUCCCCAAAGCCGGUGUCAUGCAUGAGCUGGUGUCUCCCAGACCUUGUCAAGGACUCUUCCAAGCACAUCAGCGCCAACUACAGAAGGGGAGGGCCAAUCCCAGAAGAUCAUGAGGUUCGCCUUCUCUGGGAAGACGCAUGGCUGAAAGAGGCUAUUCGCACACAUGACUCCCCGAAUGCUGGUCGUCAAGGGCCUGCUCCUGCAAAUCUUCGCGCUCAUGCUUGUCCUGAAGGGCCCGCUCCUGCCGAACUUCGUGUUCAUGCUUGUCCUGAAGGGCCUGCUCCUGCUGAUCUUCGUGUUAAGCGUGAAAGGCAGAUUUUCGCAAGAGCAUUGUCGUCCGCAACCCACAGAGAGCCUAUUUCGUUGGAUACCCCUUCGCCAUCGCCAUCUCCAAAGAAAGCUCGUGUUAGAGAAGCUUCCCUUGCAAUUCCAUGUCCUGAGAAUCCUGACUUUCCUGGCUACCAUGCAGACUCUGACGUAGAGGUCCAUAUGCCAGAAGUAGGCGAGGCGCCAGAUGAACUAGAGCUAGCACUGGAGGAGUUGAUUGACAACAUGCCCCCGGACGAGAUGGACAUUGACACUGAUGCCCCCUGA